AGAUUUCAAAGAAAACAAAAAUGUCUGCGCGUGGGAGUCAGCACAUCGUGUGAGACUUCAACUGUACGUAGACAUCUCGUGGUGCUCUUGCCUUCCUUUUCCUUUCCCUUUGGUCUUGUUGCUCAUCUUUUGUUGGACGGGGAAAACAUGAUCCACCGUCGGCGCGUCAUUUGGCGGCCUUACUGCUCGUUACAGGUGGCUUUACCUCUCGGCAGUGUUCCUGGGUGCGUUCCCCGCCGCCACAUCCACGACGCGCCGUGCAACGAUCAGGGGAAGCAAACAGCUAGAGGUACAGGAGGCGCACCUCACGACAACCGUAGCGCAUUGCUUGCAACCGAAAACGGCACCACAACUCAUCGCGGCGAGCCAUGGCGUGAGUGGCUUUCAACGGAGCAGUUGCAGCGAAUUGACACCCUCACCUACCUGCUUGGCCACUACCCGCUGCCAGGGACGACUACCGCUACCGCUGCGUCUGCCCAGGGAGAGUUAAGGUGGCGCAAGGUGCCGGAUGAAGAACCUUCACCGGCAUCUUUCUCCUCAACGGCAACGGCGCUACCAGUAGGCAGCAACAGCAGGACAAAUCCACCCUUGCGUGUGAACGGACCACUCCGGGCGAAGAAAACGAAGUUGGCCGCCCUUAACGCCCGUGCCCUCCCGCCGAAACUCAGUACAAAUGGCGCAGGGGUGAAACGUGAAUCUUCCAUGUUGCCCUCCCCGCACAGGAAGUCGACGAGCCGGUUGUGGGCUGAUAACGCUUCCUCACCACAGCUCUCCUCCUCCACCUUCUCGGUAAGCCCCGUAGAAAAAGGACCGUGUACCGCCGUCGAAGUAGUCGAGCGGCUCGCGCAGCGGUGGCUGCGUACGGAUCGCCGAAAGCGGACACGGCAGGUGAAGGCAGAUGCCGCGGAAGACGCCGCCUGGCAGGCGCUGCUGCAGCAUCCGCCGCACCUCUUCGCAGACGACGCGGCAGUGUACGCGCGCUUUGGAAUGGGUGCCUACGUCAGCCCAACUCUACCUGGCUUCACCGGGUUGUUUCGUCAGCAAUGGCAGGACUUUCAUGUGACAGAGAUGGUCAUGACUCCUGCCGAUUCUACCGCCGGUGCCGACUGCGUGAGCAGCAGUGCCACUUCCCUCUCACCUAAUGGUUCGAAGGGAAUGUUUUGUGAUGCGGUGCCUCUUUCACGACGAUUCAACUUUAGCAUUCCACCGCUGCCCGACGAAUUGCUUUCCGGCGAAGACGAGACUCCUACGCGUGAAAGAGGCGACGGGGCUGGGGAAGAGCCAGAUCUGUCCUUUUUUGCCGUGGACGUGAAGCAGCGUAUUCAGGAGCUUCGGACGCAAGACGUCCGCGAAAAAGACCGUGCAGCUGUGGCCGAAGUGCUCCUGAAAGAAGAGCAGCGUCGCGCAUCGGGUCCUGAAGGGUCUUCAUGCAGCGACAGCGAGCACGGAGAGACCGAGACGAGCGUCCCGUCCGAGGCAAACCCGUCAAGAGCUGUUACGGCACGUUUUGCCGCCAGCAGCGCUGAUUUCGAUGCGGCCGGCGCCGACGGCAGUGGUCGUCACUUCCUGCAGUGCACGCUGCACAAGCAGCACAUAGCGCACGGCAAUGCGCUAGCGGUUCUCGCGCAGACCCUCCGCCUCCACCCCCGUAGCAUCAGCGUCGCCGGAAUUAAAGACUACGUCGGCGACACCGUGCAGCGCGUGCGGCUGGAGAACGUUUCCCCCUCCUCCGCCCUCGCGGCCAACAGCCACUUCCGGCAAAAACGACUGAGGAUGACGCUUUCGGACUUCUCGUACGAAGCGGCGCCUCUCUUGCCGGGUGACCUCUUCGGCAACCAGUUCCGCGUGGUACUGCGGGAUGUGGACGUGCCGAAGGGUGAUCUCGCCGACGCCAUUGCCGCGUUUGCGGAGAAGGGUUUCCCGAACUACUACGGAUGUCAGCGUUUCUCGUGGUUUGCCGGGCGGCAGGACGCGGCCUUCGCGCUGCUGCGCCACAACUGGCUCGCCUUUGCCUUUCUGUUUCUCAACUUCACCGGCAAGGACCGCACUCUGCGCGAGCUGCUGCAGCGGCCAAGGAAGUAUCCCCACCCUACCCAGGACGAGUACCGCCGUGGGGUGGUGCGGCGUCUGCGGCAGAUCUCGAUCGAACCAGCGGAUCUCGACGUCGCCCCCUUUCUCUCCUGUCCGCUGCUCAACACCCCCCUCACUCACGUCGACGGCAGGCCAUUUGGCGAGGUCGAGGAGUUGAUCUGCAUGCAGCUUCGGGAGGCGUACUUUGACUUAAACGCGCAGAGCCGCCGUCUGACGGCGCAGCGGUUGUCGAGCUACCUGUGGAACCAAGUCUUGACGCUUCGCCUGCACCACAUGGGCGGAGAGAGGGUGCUGGACGGCGACGUCGUCGCGCCAGCUUCUUUUCGCCAGCUUUCAACCGAUGUGGACGACAGACAGGACUGGUACCACGUGUUUGGCGACCAUGUGACCAGCGAGAACCGUCACCGCUACACCAUUGAAGACGUUGUGCAUCCCGGCUUUUCCUUCGACGCCAUCGCGCUGCCGGACAACGUCAUCGGGGCCUACUACGAGCAGAUCUGCGGCAAAUACGCGCUGGAUUGGACGGCGCAGCACUCCCGCUCGGGACUGCGCGACUUCCGCGAGCCGCCGCGGCCGAUCAUCCGCAAACCGCUGAACCUCUCGCACGCGUACAACGCAGAGACGCGUGUGCUGACGCUGGAGUUCGCGCUCGAGCGCGGGUGCUACGCGAACGUGGCGCUCUCGGAGCUGAUGAAGUCGGUGCGGUGCAUCGGCUCGGAGGCGGUGACGUUGCUGCCGCUGCCCGAUGCGCUGUGGGGCACCUUCGGCGAGGAGGAUCCCGGCCACGUCACGACCCUGCAAGACAUCUACGAAGGCUACGAGGACGGCGUGGGCUUCAUGAACGACGAGGCGCCGGUGGAGCGUGCGAGGGAGUCGGAGACGAAAGUGUGGGAUCACGACGGUCCACUUUUCCGUCCUGCCUCGGACGAUCCGUACCGGAAGGCACACCGCUGGGGCAGCCAGCACCUCCUGCGCAACUCGGAGCGGCGGGAGAAGGAGGCCGAGGACAUGAAGCGGAUGCUGUUUGAUCGUCCGCUGGCGAAGCAGCUGCGGGAGGGUGAAGUCGACACGUACGCUGGCCACAUCGUCCCCCUCCCGCCAAACGCAUCGGCGAAGCAAGUGUACGCAAAGGUGAUGCGCCGAAAGAAGCGUUACGCGGGCGCACCCAAGUCGGUGACGCGCAUGAAACGAUCCACGUCGCCGUCGUCGCACCGCCACCGCAGCGGUGGCGCCAAGAAAUUGCCCUGCUUUCAGUCGCUCAACAAGAACUCGUGGAACUUUACCUGGUAA